CUAAGAUUAGAUAGACAGAAAGUGAGAGAGUUAAUAGCUAAAAAGGCCUCUCUUUUCCUCUGCUUUCUGGAAAGGUGAAGAAGAAGAUGAUGUUCUUGGAGCUCCUAGUGGAAAAAAGUGAUUGCUUUCCUUUGGACUUGCUUGUCUUCAACAUAGCUUUGGCCUUCUUCAAUGGCGUUCUUGCUGUAAUUGCGUUUUCUCAGCUGGUCAGGAUUCACAUGCGCAAUCGACAAAGUGGAUGGACACGCCAAAAAGUACUCCACCUCAUGAUUGGCUCUUCUAACUUGGGUUACUUCAUAUAUUUUACAUCUACGUUGGUUGCAGCUUGUAAGAAGUGGUUUUGCUGGUCUAAUGUCUGCGGGUUCAUCCUAAUGGCCUACCCCAAAAUUCUGUUUCUCGCAGCUUUUCUUCUACUCCUGUCCUUUUGGGUCGACCUUUGCCAUCAGGCAAAUGAUGACGAGGAGGAUGACGAGGACGAUAGCAUGCAGCAGGCCUUGUUGGAAAAUUCAAAGAAUAAACCUAAUUCAUCAAACAAAGAUGGUCAUCGAAUUUGUUGUUCAUUCCAAAGCAUUCAUGUUGGAAGUCACCAAAAAUUUGUGAUUGCGGUUGUUGUGCUUGUCCUUGUUCUGAUGAUGUCAUUUGCUGUGGUAAUCUGGAUCGGUGUGGGUAAGAAUCCCAUUGAUUCUUCAGCAGUGGCUCAGGCAUAUGAAGACUUUCUUGCUUUCACAGUUCUUUUAUUAGGAGGAGCAUUAGGUUGCUAUGGCAUCCUGCUAUUUUGUAAGUUAAGGAAAGUACGGUCUGAGAAAGCUUCAUCCGAAAUGUGGAAGGUUGCUGGUUUGGCAAUUACUUCUGUUAUAUGUUUUACGUCAAGUGCAUUGGUAGCUCUUCUUACAAAUAUUCCUCUAUAUUGUCAGCGGAGUCUGAAAAAAACAUAUGGCGGAAAAGCACUAGUUUUUCUGAUUCUGUACUAUUUUAUGGGAUCUUUGGUGCCCUCAACUUCUGUAUUAUGGAUUGUAAGAGAAUUGCCACCCUCAAUCGCUAAUCACCAAAGGGAACAAUCAAGAACAAUUACUUUUGUCAGCUAUGCUGCAGUGGGCACACAGCGUCCUCGUCGUUGGGCUAGAGUAACAAGUUCAACUAAUCAGGCAUCACGAGCAAGUCCCAUAUAAGAAAAACUUAUGAAGUUAAAACUUCUUUUGGUCUCGGGAGAAGAGACGUUGGAAAUGCAGACUCACAUAUGCAUAUGAUUUGAGACUUAUGCAUCGCAGUGAAAUUCAAAUGAAGAUGGAGGAUGUGGAUGCCUCUCAACUAUACAAGCAUAUACUGCAGAUGCAUGGAUGUGGAUGCUGCCGCUUUUUGCAUUUGGUUCAUGUACAUAGUUACAUUUCAGAAAUGCUGCUACCCUCUCCACCAGAAAUGCUGCUAGCCGAUCCACUUUUGCCAAUGGAUUCUUACUGUAUACACCCUUUUACAUGUAGAUGCCUCUCAACUGGGUGUUUUCGACGAUAUUAGGGUUUAGGGUGUUUUUGACGAUGUUAUGGCGAAAAUAUUAUAGAUUAUUGGUACAGAAACCAGGAGAAAAAAUUAUAUAAAAAUACAGAGGGUGUUGCAAACAGAUAA